AUGCUUGAUGAGUUAGAUGCCCUCCACAAAAAUCACACCUGGUCAUUGGUGCCACGGCCUACUCAUGGUAACAUUGUUGGAUCGAAGUGGGUCUUUAAAACAAAAUUAAAAGAGGAUGGUUGUCUAGAUAAAUAUAAAGCCCGUUUAGUGGCACGAGGAUAUACUCAAGUUGCUGGCUUGGACUACGAUGAAACUUUCAGUCCUGUAGUUAAACCUACGACUAUUCGUUUAAUCAUGUCUCUAGCCGUGUCAUCUGGAUGGCCUUUGAAGCAAUUGGAUGUUAGGAAUGCUUUUUUGCAUGGUGAUCUCAAAGAGACAGUUUACAUGGAGCAACCACCGGGGUUCCGUGACCCACACAAACCUACACAUGUUUGCCAUCUCCACAAAUCCCUAUAUGGCCUCAAACAGGCACCACGGGCCUGGUUUGAUAAAUUGUCUACAUACUUAUUUCAUAUGGGAUUUGUUUGUAGUCGUGCUGAUCCUUCUAUGUUUGUGUACAAAACUGCUGCUCAUCUCAUUAUUUUGUUAAUCUAUGUGGAUGAUGUCUUAAUCACAGGAACCAGUUCUGCUAUCAUCUCCAAAUGCAUUCAACGUUUGGGCACAACUUUUGCCUUGAAAGAUCUCGGCAACCUUCAUUAUUUCCUCGGUCUUGAAGUUAACAUGUUCGAUGGUGGUUUGUUCCUUUCUCAGACUAAAUAUACAUGUGAUCUUCUUCAAAGAGCAAACAUGCUUGAAGCUACACCCAUCUCCACUCCACUAUCUGUGAAAGUUACUCCAUCCUUCACUGAUGAUGAUCCCGUGGAUGCCACAACGUACCGUCAAUUAGUUGGAGCGCUUCAGUAUUUAACGUUUACUCGGCCUGACAUCCAAUUUGCAGUCAAUCGGGUUUGUCAAUUUUUUCAGAAACCAACCAUGCUACAUCUCAAGAUGGUCAAGCGAAUACUUCGUUAUUUAAAAGGCACGAUGCUGUAUGGUUUAAGGUUUCUUGCUCAAAGUACUCGAACUGUAAAUGGGUGUUCGGAUGCUGACUGGGCAGGAUGUCCUCUCACCCGAAGGAGCACGUCAGGCUAUUGUGUGUUCUUUGGUGCCAACUACAUUUCCUGGUCGUCCAAGAAGCAGACAACAGUGUCUCGUUCAAGCGCUGAAGCAGAAUACAGAGCCAUGGCCUCUACUUACGUGGAUUUCUUAUCUUCUGCAUGA